UUGCACUGCUAACAAUCGGUUUUUCUGUGAAAGUUUUAACAAUUUUACCAGUAAAAUAUGUGUAAUUUGCUUUAGAAUAUACAGUUGACAUAUCGUGCUGAACGAAUUAAACAACGGUGGUGAAAAAUGUUCUCGAUUUGCAAGCAAACCCACGAAGCCACCGCAGUGGAGUUUUCGCUCACCUGUCAUUUCUUCAAUAACAAUGAAAAAUCGCUGGUUACCGGUGGGGCCAACGUUCUGAAGGUAUACCGGCUAAUUCCGGAUGCUGACCCUGCCACCAAGGAUAAGUUCACAACCGCUCGCCCGCCUAACAUGAAGCUCGAAUGCAUGGCCUCGUACACCCUUUUCGGAAACAUGAUGUCCAUGCAGUCGGUGUCGCUGGCCGGUUCCCAGCGGGACGCUUUGCUGAUUAGCUUUCAGGACGCCAAACUUUCGGUGGUUCAAUUCGAUCCGGAUAAUUUCGAGCUGAAAACGCUUUCGUUGCACUAUUUUGAGGAGGAGGAUAUCAAGGGAGGCUGGACCGGAAACUAUCAUACGCCGAUUGUGCGUGUCGAUCCGGAUAAUCGGUGUGCCGUGAUGUUGGUUUAUGGGAGGAAGUUGGUGGUGUUGCCGUUUCGUAAGGAUAGUUCUUUGGAUGAGAUUGAGGUUCAGGAUGUGAAACCGAUGAAGAAAGCGCCGAUGCAGCUGAUCGCCAAGACGCCGAUUCUGGCGUCGUACGUGAUUGAGUUGAAGGAGUCGGAGGAACGGAUAGAUAAUGUUAUCGAUAUACAGUUUCUACAUGGGUACUAUGAGCCGACGCUGCUGAUUUUGUACGAGCCGGUUAAGACUUUUCCCGGACGAAUAGCGGUUCGAUCAGAUACUUGCACAAUGGUGGCACUGUCGCUGAACAUCCAACAGCGGGUACAUCCAGUAAUUUGGACGGUGAAUAGUUUACCUUUUGAUUGCUUGCAAGCAGUGGCUAUUAGUAAACCGAUUGGAGGGUGUCUCAUAUUGAGUGUAAACGCGCUGAUAUAUCUCAAUCAGAGCGUGCCUCCCUACGGUGUAAGUUUAAACAGUAUUGCUGACCAUUGUACCAAUUUUCCACUGAAACCGCAGGAUGGCGUUCGCAUUAGUUUGGACGCAGCGCAGGUUUGUUUUAUUGAGCCGGAAAAGAUGGUACUCUCACUUAAGGGUGGUGAAUUGUACGUGCUGACCCUGUGCGCGGAUUCCAUGCGUAGCGUACGCAGUUUUCAUUUCAGUAAAGCGGCAGCCAGUGUGUUAACCUGUUGCAUUUGCGUCGUGGAAGAGGAGUACCUGUUUCUGGGUUCUAGGCUUGGCAAUUCUCUGCUGUUACGUUUCAAAGAGAAGGAUGAAAGUAUGGUUAUUACUAUUGAUGACAACGAAAUUGUUGAACCGAAAGAACCCAAACGACAGCGAUUAGAAGAAGAGGAAUUGGAAGUGUACGGAAGCGGACAGAAAACGUCCGUUCAGUUGACCAGCUAUAUCUUCGAAGUUUGUGAUAGCAUUUUAAAUAUCGGUCCGUGUGCUCAUAUGGCCGUCGGUGAAAGAGCUUCCGAAGAAGAGCAGGAUGAGAACAAGGAAAUUCAGUAUGUGCCGACCAAGCUGGAUUUGGAGGUUGUGACGAGCAGUGGGCAUGGUAAAAAUGGGGCACUCUGUGUUCUGCAGAACUCGAUUAAGCCACAGGUCAUCACGAGCUUUGGACUGUCGGGUUGUCUCGAUGUGUGGACGGUGGUCGGUGAUAAAGGUGAUGAUAUGCAUACUUUCAUGAUACUCUCGCAGGAAGCCGGCACGAUGGUUCUUCAGACCGGUGAGGAGAUUAAUGAGAUCGAGAAUACGGGAUUUGCUACCAAUGUUCCGACGAUUCACGUAGAGAAUAUUGGUGGAAAUCGAUUCAUAGUGCAGGUAACAACCAAAUCCAUCCGAUUACUGCAAGGGACUCGUUUGCUUCAAAAUAUUCCCAUCGAUUUGGGUUGUCCGCUGGCAGCGGUUUCUAUAGCUGACCCUUACGUUUGCGUGCGAUCGUCGGAGGGUCGCGUGAUAACGCUGGCCUUGCGAGAAGGCAAAGGAACUCCCCGUUUGGCUGUCAACAAAAACACAAUCAGUACCACGCCUCCGGUGGUUGCUAUCAGCGUGUACAAGGAUGUCUCCGGUAUGUUCACCACCAAGUAUGAAGAUUAUUACGACGUGACAAAGGGGGGUGCUUCAUCGUACUCCAGCGGAUUUGGGCCCAUGAAACCGGAGCCGCACAUGAAAAUCGAAGACGAAGAAGAUUUGCUUUACGGAGAAAGCGGUCGCUCGUUCAAAAUGACUUCGAUGGCUGAUAUGGCUAUUGAAACGAAGAAAAAGAAUCCGGACUUUUGGCGAAAGUUUUUGCAGCAGGUAAAGCCAACUUAUUGGCUAUUUGCUGUGCGUGACAAUGGAAACCUGGAGAUUUAUUCGAUGCCAGAUUUGAAACUAGUUUACUUGAUCACCAACGUUGGCAACGGAAACAAAGUGCUGUCCGAUUCGAUGGAAUUUGUUCCGCUUGUCGGACAGAGUGGGGCUGAUCCGGAUGUAACGCCCGGUAGUUUCACAAGUCCGUUCGGAUUCAAUGCCAAUUUGCUGCCGAAGGAAAUUCUGAUGGUUCCUCUGGGUCACUACGGUAGCAGACCUAUGCUGUUUAUUCGUCUGGAGAACGAUCUGCUCGUCUAUCGUGUGUAUCGAUACGCAAAGGGCCAUCUGAAGCUACGCUUCAGGCGUCUUCCCAGUGGCGUGACAGGUCCAAUAUUUCGCAUUAACCGUCAGACUGCUCCGACCGAUCAGGAAGGUGAAAAGCAGGACGAAGAAUCCACGCAAAUUUUGUACAACAAUGUAGCGAUGAUCCGUUACUUUACAAACGUUUCCGGCUACAGCGGAAUAGCUGUUUGCGGUGAGAAGCCGUACUUUGUUUUUCUAACGUCUCGUGGAGAACUUCGGUGUCACCGAUUGUACGGUAAAACAAUCGUCAAAGGCUUUGCCGCUUUCAACAACGUCAACUGUCCAAACGGUUUCCUGUACUUCGACGAACAUUACGAGUUAAAAAUUGCCGUUUUUCCGGGCUACCUUUCGUACGAUGCAAUUUGGCCGGUGCGAAAAAUUCCACUGCGAAGUUCUCCGAAACAAAUUGUUUACCACAAAGAGAACCGAGUUUAUUGCGUAGUGAUGGACACGGAAGAAAUCUGCAACAAAUACUACCGAUUUAACGGGGAAGAUAAGGAACUAACCGAGGAAAACAAGGGCGAACGAUUCCUGUACCCGAUGGGACAUUCUUUCUCGGUAGUUCUUGUGACCCCCUCGGCCUGGGAAAUCGUUCCGGAGACGGCAAUCAAUUUGGAAGAAUGGGAACACGUUACGGCACUUAAGAACGUCAGCCUCCCGUACGAGGGUGCACGGUCCGGUUUGAAGGAGUACAUUGCAGUCGGCACGAACUACAACUACAGCGAGGACAUUACCUCCCGUGGCCGCUUGCUGCUGUACGACAUCAUUGAGGUCGUUCCGGAGCCGGGAAAACCUCUGACUAAGUACAAAUUCAAGGAAGUAAUAGUAAAGGAGCAAAAGGGUCCCGUUUCGGCCAUCACCCACGUGUCCGGCUUUCUGGUGGGUGCCGUCGGGCAGAAAGUUUACCUCUGGCAGCUGAAGGAUGACGAUCUUGUCGGUGUAGCUUUUAUCGACACGAACAUCUACGUUCACCAGAUGAUGUCGAUCAAAUCGCUGAUCCUGGUGGCCGAUGUUUACAAAUCGGUAAAUCUUCUCCGUUUCCAAGAGGAAUUCCGUACCCUGUCGCUUGUCUCCCGUGACUAUCAGCCCCUAAACGUGUACCAAAUCGAGUACAUCGUCGACAACCACAAUCUAGGCUUUCUGGUAUCCGAUGACCAGAGCAAUCUCAUCACCUACAUGUACCAACCGGAAUCGCGUGAAUCGAUCGGUGGUCAACGUUUACUGCGAAAGUGUGACUACCACGUUGGCCAGAAGAUCAACAGUAUGUUCCGUGUCCAGUGCGACUACCACGAAAGUGAUUCCUCCAAGCGCAACCUGAACUACGAUUACAAGCACACGACGUACUUUGCCACUCUGGACGGUGGAUUGGGCUUCAUUCUACCACUGCCGGAGAAAACCUACCGACGGUUGUUUACCCUUCAAAACGUGCUCAUGACACACAGCCCGCAUUUAUGCGGGCUAAACCCAAAGUCGUUUAGAACUAUCAAAACCGUCCGCAAAACAAUCAACCCAGCUCGCUGCGUGGUGGACGGUGAUCUGCUGUGGACCUUCCUAACUUUGCCUGCCAACGAAAAGCUAGAGGUUGCGAAAAAGAUCGGCACCCGAAUUGACGAAAUCUGUGCCGAUCUGAUGGAGAUUGAAGCCGUUACGCACACAUUCUAAUUUGGCUUUAUUCUCUGUUACACUAUGAAUACAAAACAAAGAAGCAAAUACUUUU